CAUACUCAAUGUAUUUCCAGCGGUGUAGCUUCACAUCCUUUGUGGCCACAUCCCAAACCUGGGAAUUUGUAGGACCCAGCAGCCCUCUCCUCCCCCGCUUUCACCUGUUCACAGACACAUUUCAUGCCCCCUUUCUCCCCCCCUACUCCGGAUUGCCUUCGAUCAGCCCAGUGACAGUGACCAAAGCCCACACCUCUCCAACCAUGCUGUGGUCCGCCGCCUGCAGCCUGCUUCUCCUCCUCUCCUCGCCCUUCUCCGGCGCCUCCCUGUCCGAGAUGGUGUUCCGCUGCCCGGGCUGCACCGCGGAGCGCCAGGCGCUCUGCCCGCAGCUCGCCGAGCCGUGCGCGGAGAUGGUGCGCGAGCCUGGCUGCGGGUGCUGCCCCGUGUGCGCCCGGCAGGAGGGCGAGGCGUGCGGCGUCUACACCCCGAGGUGCUCCACCGGUCUGCGCUGCUACCCGACCCCCGACUCGGAGCUUCCCUUGGAGCAACUGGUGCAGGGCCAGGGCCAGUGCCGGCGCAAAGUGGACACGGAGACGGUCACUUCCAGCCCGGAGCAGCGGGAGCACACCAGCGGUGAAGCCUUGGAGCUGGAGCCCGAUCUGGACGUGAGCGAAAUCACCACAGUCCGAAAGCCCAGCAAAGACGCCACCUGGCUCGGACCCAAGGAGAGCGCCGUACGCCAGCACAGCCAGGAGAUGAAGACCAAAAUGAAGACCAACAAGGUAGAAGAGGUGAGACCUACUCGUCCGAAACAGACUCAGUGUCAGCAGGAGCUGGACCAGGUCCUGGAGAGGAUAUCCAAGAUGCCCUUCAGAGAUAACCGAGGUCCUUUGGAGGACCUCUAUGCACUGCACAUUCCCAACUGUGACAAGAGGGGGCAGUAUAACCCAAAACAGUGCAAAAUGUCACUCCACGGUCAGAGGGGCGAGUGCUGGUGCGUCAACCCCCUGACUGGCCGACGCAUCCUAUCAGCUCCAACUGUGAGGGGGGACCCCAACUGCAGCCAGUACCUGGACGAGCUGGAGCUGCACGAUACACCCCAAAUCUAAUGCGGCUCAAAAACUGAAAACCUAAAAGAAAAAAAAAACUGAAACUGUAAAGUGCUUGGGAUCAAAGAGCAAUCUGAGUAAGCUAUAAGCUAUACAUGUGUGUCUGUAGUCUGUUUAUUGGCGGUUAAAGUUUAAAUCUUAACAUAGUAAAAAUAAAAAUAAAACAUUGAAUGAUAGAAACCAACUUUUUUUGCAGACUAAAGUUAAUUUCUCAAUUUUUUCUUUCAUGCUGUUCUGUUUUAGAGAUGGUGAUCAUGCUUUAUUAACUGUGACAAUGCUCAACGUGCUUUGUUAUCAGUGUUUUGUACUGUUAAAAAAAAACAAAGAGCCUUUUAGUGUGUUGAACCUUUGUAGGUGUCUUUCCAUGCUCUAGAUCGCAGACUAGGUUUUUGGAUAUGCCUCAUUUUUAUUGCACAUUAAGUAUUAAGGAGAUGAAAAGUGACGUGCAAAUGCAAAAUAAAGUAGAAACCAGUUGGA